AUGCUACAUGAAGAACAUAAGACAGAUGAUGGAACGGGAAGACCUAGGAUAAAACCGUAUGCUUUGGAAGAAGCUUGUACAGUUUGGGAAGCGGUUUUGAUUGAUAAGAAAGAAGAAUCUACUUCAACCGAUAUGCCCUUAGGCACGAGCAUACAUAACAUAGAAAUCACACUUGGAAAGGGUGGACGAUUAGCUAAAGAAGCGGGUGUUGUAGAGAAACUGAUUGCAAAAGAAGGGAAAUCAGGCACAUUAAAAUUACCUUCUGGGGAGGUCUGUUUGAUAUCCAAAAACUGCUCAGCAACAGUCGGACAAGUGGGGAAUGUUGGGGUGAACCAAAAAAGUUUGGGUAGAGCCGGAUCUAAGCGUUGGCUAGGUAAGCGCCCUGUAGUAAGAGGAGUAGUUAUGAACCCUGUAGACCCACAUGGGGGUGGUGAAGGGAGGGACCUAAUUGGUAGAAAACAACCCACAACCCCUUGGGGUUAUCCUGCACUUGGAAAAAGAAGUAGAAAAAGGAAUAAAUAUAGUGAUAAUUUGAUUCUUCGUCGCCGUAGUAAAUAG